CGUGGAUAGUUAAAUCGGAUCGGUAUAUCGCGCGGGUUUCUUGUGUAUAAAAAAAUAUUACACAUUACGCAUGCAUAUACGUCUGCAUUUGUGUGUACGUCUGCAUAUGUACGUGCGUCGUGCAAAAAUCAAAAUUAUAUGAUAUGCAUACAUAUAUAAUAUAUGAGUAAUUCAUCAUAUUGUAUCAAAGUGUAAUUCGACUUGCCGUUUGCCGUACUGUCGACUCAUUCGUGUACAACGUUAGGUCAAGUGAAAAUCACCCGAGACUCUUGUGUUUAUGAUACUAGUCGUGCGUAGAAUUUUUCACGAUGUAUACAUUAUGAAUUGAUGUAAUAAGUAGUGUUUUGCGGACUAUAUAAAUAGAAAAAGGAGAUAUAUAUAUACGAGGAAAUUAAAGCUUUUCAUUAAUAUUAUACGUUAAUAUAAUAUUAUACGUUUCUUGUUAACCGGCACUUUUCCUAUCACGCAAGCCGUGUAAAUACAUGGUUAAUAAUAAUCCUGGAGAAGUACAGAUUGUAUAGUGGUUAGAUUUUCGUGUUUCAAGAUGCAUCGCAAGCUUAAACUCGAAGUGGAAUAUUUGACGGAGGAACAUCUGACGGGAUUCGAGAGUUAUAAAUAUAGCUCUCUGGAUACAAGUCCUCUGAGCGUGUAUGUUAUGCACCCUUUCUGGAACAAAGUAGUACAGUUUUGUCCAAAAUGGGUUGCUCCAAAUGUACUAACUUUUUCUGGAUUUCUUUUUACUGUGUUAAACUUCAUAUUGUUUGCAAGUUAUGAUUACUAUUUUUAUGCGUCCAGUGAUGACAAACCGCAGUAUCCUCCAAUACCACGAUGGGUCUUUGCUCUAGCUGCUUUUAACAUUUUUAUGGCAUAUACGCUUGAUGGGAUAGAUGGAAAGCAAGCAAGACGUACGCAAACAUCUGGUCCUUUGGGAGAGUUGUUUGACCAUGGUUUAGAUAGCUGGACAGCUAUGUUGAUCACUGUGUGUAUGUACUCUGUAUUUGGCAGAACAGACCAUAGUGUCUCACCUUUACGAAUGUACUUUGUAUUGUGGAAUGUUUUCAUUAAUUUCUAUCUGAGUCAUUGGGAGAAAUAUAACACAGGUGUGUUGUUUCUUCCUUGGGGAUAUGAUGCUUCCAUGCUAGCAACUGUCAUAGUAUUUACUCUUACCAGCAUAGGUGGACAUGAAGCCUGGAAAUUUGAAUUGCCAGGUGGUGUGUCGGCAGGGAUAAUGUUUGAAAUGUUGUUUUAUGUUAGUGCACUUGUUUCAAACUUACCAGUUGUUCUUUGGAACAUAUACAAAUCAUACAGGGAUAAAACUGGCAAGAUGCGUACAUUCCCGGAGGCAAUAAGACCUUUAGUGCCUUUGAUUUUGUUCUUUGCGAUUUCAACGAUCUGGAUAAUGCACUCUCCAAACAAUAUUUUAGAGCAGGAUCCAAGAAUAAUAUACUUCUGCAUUGGCACUAUUUUUUCCAAUAUAUGUUGCCGACUAAUCGUGUCGCAAAUGAGCAACACUAGAUGCGAGAUGUUACCAUGGAUACUAUUACCUGUCGCAGUAGCUGCCAUCUUUUCGUUUAUUUUGCCUACUGUAGAUUUAGAAUCUAUGUAUAUAGUCUCUAUAGUAGCCCUGCUGUCACAUGUUCAUUAUGGUGCUUGUGUGGUACGUCAAAUGUGCCGCCAUUUCCGCAUUCAAACGUUCUCUAUAAAGGAUCAUUCCGAAUGACUACUUGCCGACGAUACGUGUUAGAAAAACGAAGAGACCGCAAGAUAUAAAAAGAUAUCUAAAGAUCAAGGUCGAGAGAGAGAGAGAGGGAGAGGGAGGGGAGAGGCAAACGGGAAGAAAAGAUCUGACACACAUAAAAAUACAUAAACUUGUUAUUAUAGUUAACUAUCAGGGGUAUUAAUUAUCAUGACAAAACAUAUUUAUGGAUUAAACGAUUUCUAGAACAAAUACAGUUUAUAUAAAAUACUAUAUAAAUAUGCUGUUCGUAAAUAGGAAGAGAAAAGAGGGGGAAGAGAAAUUUGAA